CGCCGGCCGCGGGCGGGUUGAGGCGCUGCGCUGGGCCCCGCGCCGCCAUUUUGUGCCGCCGCCCGCAGCAGGAUGGAGCCGAGUACCCGAGAGCAGCCGCCCGCCGUCCGCCGCCCCGCAGCCCCUGGACGGAGCGCCGCUCCGCAGGCCCGACCGCACCGCUGGGAGCGCUGAAGAGUCUCCUCUGCCCCUCGCCGGCGCUCAUGGAGCCGAGCGGCCGAGAUCGCGCCGGCCCCGGCCUGGGGCGGGCCUGGCUAGGCUUGGCCGCGGCCUGGCCUAAGCUGGCCGGGCCCAGCGCGGCCCCUGCCGGCGGCUCGCCCCAGGCGAGCCCGCCCUUCUCCUGGCUGCGGCUGAUGUCGCAGCUCCUCUCCCCGCUGCCCGCGUUGCUGCAGCGGCUGCUGCCCGGCCCCACGCUGAGCAGUGCCCUCUGCCCCGCCAGCGGGCAGCCGCCCAAGGGCCCGCUGCUGCUGCUGCCCGAGCCGGCCGCCUCGCUGGACUGGCCCGAGGAGACGCUGCCGUGGGCGGAGGAGCCCCUGGAGAAGGGGCGAGAGCGGGAGAAGGAGGCCCCACCGGGCCUCUGGGGAGCCGGGCUGGUGCGGAGCAGCCUGGUGUCCUUCCCCGGCCCGCGUGUGGACUUGUACGUGCUGGGCCCGGAGCAGGGCCAGGCCGGCUGCUCCGGCAAGAGCCACCUGCCCCAGCCCCUGCGGGCCGAGGUCCCCGCCGCCGCCUGGCGAGGCUGCCCCGCCCGGGCCGCCCUGCCGGAGGCCGAGUUCCUCCGCAGCAAGCGCUUGGCCUUUCUCCAGCGGUGGCACUUGGCCGUGCCGGACCCGGACCACGGCUACCACAGCCUGGAGGAGGAGCAGCAGCACAAGGGCGCUUGUCAGGAAGAGGUAGGGGGGCAGCGGGAGCAGCGGUGCCAUGCCGGGGAGCUGAAGCGGCCCGAGGAGCCGAGCGACGCGGGGAGACAGCCCGGAGGUGGUCGCUUGGAGCAGGAGGGGUUGAGGGGUUCAGCUGAGGAAGCGGCACCUGUGGGGGAAGCCUCAGCUGAGGAGGAUGAGGAGGACUCCGAAAUAGAGCCAAACCUGCCGGUUUCAGCCAGACCUGCCUGUGCGAAUAAAUUAAUAGACUAUAUCAUGGGGGGAGUUUCCAGUGGGGAGGACAGCGCAGAUGACGAGGAAGACUGGGAUGAUGAUGAUGACGAUGGGUUUGACAGUGAAGGGCUCCCCUCAGAUUCGGAGGCCGGUAGCCAGGACGGGGAAAGGCUCCAUCUCUGGAAUUCCUUUUACAGUUUGGAUCCGUACAACCCUCAGAACUUCACAGCCACCAUUCAGACAUCUUCCAGUGAGCCAGGAAAAGAUAUGUCAGAUGUGGAAGAGGUGGAGGAGGAGGAGGAGGAAGAUUCUUCAUGGGCAGAGGAGUCCUCAGGGUCUCCUCGCCCUAGUUCUGAAGAGGAGGACGAAUGGGACUGUAGCAGUGUGGAUGAGGCAGAAAACUUGAAACUUUGGAAUUCGUUCUGUACCUCAGAUGAUCCGUAUAAUCCUUUAAAUUUCAAGGCAGCCUUUCAAACAGCGGAGAAGAAAGGGACACCUGGUUUAAAAGGAGCAGAGAGGCCGACUUUGGUCACUUCUGAACGUAGUCACUUAACUGUUUGUCGGGUGCAGUUGGAAAAACGUAAUUGUGGGGUCACUGUGCAGCAUGGCAUUCUUUCUGGUGGGAAAUGUAGAAAUACCAAGCGGAAAAAGGUAACCUUCCUUGAGAAAGUUACGGAGUAUUACGUAAGCAGCGAAGAGGAUCGUAAAGGACCCUGGGAAGAGAUUGCACGAGAUGGAUGCAGGUUCCAGAAACGUAUUCAAGAAACAGAAGAAGCCAUAGGAUACUGCUUCACCACAGAACAUAGACAAAGAGUAUUUAAUAGACUCCAAGAAACCUACUACAAGAGGGUUGAUCUCUUCUAGCACCUUAAAAGAUCUGGUAGUUGUUUGACCCUAAGCACUCAUGAAAAUGUUCAAAACGUGAGGUGGCAGCUGCACGCGCUAUUUUGAAAUGGGGGGAGAAGUGGGAUUUUAGCACUUUUUUCCCCAGUUCAAUAUUCAGCCAUCAAAUAUACCUGUGUCCCCCAUUUUGAUAUCCUGACAAAAUCUUUUGAGUAUCAUCAAGAGUAAGGGUAGUAUAAUUGCAUUCCUUUUAAGUAACACUUGAGAAACAGACUGCUUUAGGUUAAAUCCAUUCCAAAAAUGCCUUGUCUGCCAUAUGUUGAGAAGUGGUGACUAUUAAGUUGGAUUUUUGCACUUUGAAAAAACAAAACCUAUUUUGAAGGAAAUAUUUAUGAGGCUCAGAACCUAGUUACUGCAGUUUUGAUUUAAAGUUUCUAGGGGGAUGUGCUGUUUUCUUGUGGUUAUCCAUUUUCUCUAACUUGUACAAAAGUCUCAAAUUUUGUUAGCUAGUAACUCUGCUGUGCAAAGCAGAUAAUUUAUUGGUUUAAGAUCCCAGUUUUGCAUGUAAUCUAGUGUUUGAGUGUUUAUGUAAUGCUUUGAUGUCUUAAUAUUUCAGUCUAGCACACUGGGGGAUUCAGAGGAACUCUGGUACACUACAGACCCUUUGGUUUGUCUUUAUUUAAAUAGUACCUUUACCCAGUACUGGUCCAAAGGGUGUUGGCUGCAUGUGCACCAAACCUCUUUGCUUUCAGAGCAGUGAAAAAGGCCUCAUCCUGAUAAAUAAUUAAAGCUUCAAGGUAUGUGUUGAGGCUAUGGCUGAUAGUUUGAAUUUAGGUAGCCGUGCACAGGGAACUACCCUGUAGUUCUUCAGUUAACCUUGGGGUAACUUUGCCAGAAUUGAUUCUGCUUUGUGAAGAUGAAUUGAAGUGGAGGCUUCUUCAUCUUUCUUGUAUCUAAUAUGCUCGUUCUGAUACUGGUAAGGGGAAUUAUCUUUGGCUGAUGGAAAUCUAAGGCUACAAAUCGCUGUGUUCUUUACCAAAAGCCAGUAUUAAUAUCUCUCUGCGUCUGCGCUUUUGUUCCUCUGGUACCAAAACAACAUUUCACAUUUGGGGUCUGAAAGUUGAGGUCCUCAGUGGGAGGAAAACACUCCUUAUUUAUGUUCCUAACUUAAAAUGUUCUGUUUCAGUCAAAAUAAAAAAGCAGCACCGCUGGGAUAUGUGUUCGGACCUGAAGGCUGUUGUGUGGCUGUUACGCAAGCAGGCAUGAGAUUUCAUGCAAUGGAAUAAAUAGCAACCAUCAAAGAAUUCAUAUUUGUUUGCGCAAAGUUGUGUCAAUAAAUGAUUUGCUACUUAGUUCGUUCAGCUGACUAGAAUUGUUUCCCUUUUGUAAGGGAGAAACCUAAAACCACUUCAGAUUUGCCAUCUCAUUAAUGAUUACAGUUUUUAAUUUGAAAGAAAAUUACACAUGAAGAGGAAUGCUCCACAGCGCUUUGCUGCAUUUUCUGCUUUAUUGUGCCAUUUUUUUGGCCAUCUGUUAAUUCUGCCUCAAAUUUCAGAGGGUUUGGGUUUAUAGUUUAUUCUUAUUGCCUGAAGUAUGUUCUUUGAAUUUAAAGAUUGCCUUUCUCUGCUCCCAAGUUAGAAGUGUUACAAUUACGAAAUUCAGAGGGUUAACUGGACUACAGGUGAGUUGUCCUGUAAACUUAAAAUACAGCUGAAAGUCAAGCAGCCUUGCAGACUGGCUACUUGAAAGCAAUGCAGCAAUAUUAUUUUUCAUCCCCAUGGCAUUAGAAAAAACAAAGGGGGGGGGGGGAUUUUCCUUUCCUACAAAAGAGAAUUUUAGUUGCGAAAUUGUAAUUCUAAUCGUGCCCUCAGAUCCUGUGAAAUAACUCUGAAUUUUUAAGAGUUUGUUUUCCUGUGUCAUAUUUGACAACAGGUGUUCUGCUUUUUAGUUCAGGAAAAAGCAUGUGGGAUGAUAAAUGUAGAACAAAAAUAGAAAAUCUGCUGAUUUGUGGUCCAGGUGUGACUGGUAAUUAAAAACUGCUGUUCAUUGCUCUUAGUAAAAUAUACUAUAGUAAUUUUUCUGUGAUUCUCCUGGUUUCUUUGAUCUUGGAGAACGUGGUGCUUCAGUUCCUCUGGACAACUCACUUGAUUUACUGGUGCUUGUAAGUGGUAGCGAUCGGUGCUUCAGAGUGGUGUCAGUUAACACCUGCAAAUACUGCUCCACUGUGUGCAGAGGCUUGGAAAAGGCUAUAGCUGGAAAUGAACAGAAUGGACAAAUUGGAUAUAAACUAGAUUAAAACCGGCUACUCACAAAGUGCUUUAAUAUUUGAGAAAUUAUUCUUUUCCAGCCUGCAGUGUAGCAAGCGCUCAGCUCUUAACACUGCUGAUUCUCACCGAGACGUACCUGCUUGGGUAAGCUUUUUCCACUCUUCAAACCUCACGUUUUCAAAGCAUCCAGUGUAAGGGGAUAGGUAACACUAAAUUCAUCACCAUAAACUUCAUCUUAAAAGCAAGCUAAGCUUGGUUGUCACCAUUUUCCCUGUAACAUAUCUUAAAAUGGUCAUGCAGGAUGUGUACAUGUGUUGAGUGCUUUGAGUGAGACAGUAAAAAAUAAUACUUGUUGAACUUUAAAUCAAAACUGUACCUAUCAGAUUUUAUUUUUGUAUAAUUUAGAGGAAGUUAGAAAACCUGCGACAUUGGCUUUAUACAGAUUUUAAUUGAUUUGUGUCAAGUUUGUUGGGGUUUUAUAUCUAAAGUUCUAUUUCUGUACAUAAUAAAACUAUUCAGAACUAAUCUGUAAAUUGUAAUAAAGAUAUUUGCAAGAUA